AUGCGUUUAGUGGCACCCUGCUGGAUCUUUUCAUUUCCCUCUCCGCAACACUUUGUUGGGAUGCUUAUUUUACCGUGGUUGGGGCAAUGUUACUGGCGCAAUGCCCUCAUUUACAACGUUGUCUUCAUUUUUGCUAAGUGUGUUAUGCAGGUCUUCAUUCAACAUUUUAACAUUCAUCCCACCGCGUUGUACUUUCUUUCCGCCUGUGUGUUGUACAUUGGUUUGGACCGAAGCACGGCGUCCUCCCGUGCCAUGAUGUUGGAUAUUAUUAUGGAUUUGUUUUGUCUUUGGCAGCAUCAUUCUCCAUCGUCAGUUGUGCUCUGA